CGCUCGGGGACCGGUCGCCCCUGCCCUCGGCUCGGGCUGCAGCUCCUCCUGCUCCUCCCCGGCACGAUGCGCGCAGGACAUUAGUGGCUCCGGAGCACUUUGAGUUGCUCCCACCCCGCUCCGUGGGAUUAAUCUAUCCUUUUGAAGGUUAUUUUCGGCAAGCAGCCUCGCAGGCGGGCAGAGCGGCCGGAGGAAGAGCUCGCGGCAGGGGAGGGAUGCGGGAGCAGGGCAGCGGAGCCGGGCGGGACUGAGCCACCCGCAAAGGAAAGGAGAGCUGCCCUGCUCCCUGCUCCCGUGCCGGGCUGCCUGCAUGGCUCCCGGGCACUGUGGAGAUUGUGGGGGCUGCUGCUGCUGAGCAACCAUCCAUCGCUUUAAACUCAGCCUCAACUUAGCACAGCAGGCAAGAAUGGCAAAGCCACUGGAGCUUUGGAACUGCCAGGAGAGCCAGGGAACCUGGGUUCUGGUCGCUGCUGUCUAAUAAAUGGGAGUAAAAUGGAAUUUCUCACCUGGGUUUUUCCUGCCUUGAUUCUACUGUGCACCCAGCAGCACAGGUGUAUCAGAGCUAUGAGUGACAUCGGAGAUUACAUAGGUUCCAACAUUGAAAUCUCCUGGUUGCCCAACCUGGAUGAUUUGAUGAAAGGGUAUGCACGAAAUUUCAGGCCUGGGAUUGGAGGUCCUCCUGUUAAUGUUGCUCUGGCAAUUGAAGUAGCCAGCAUUGACCACAUCUCAGAAGUGAAUAUGGAAUACACCAUGACAGUAUUUUUGCACCAGAGCUGGCGAGAUGAUCGUCUGUCUUACAAUCACACCAAUGAAACUCUGGGCUUGGACAGCAGGUUUGUGGACAAGCUCUGGUUGCCAGAUACUUUCAUAGUCAAUGCCAAGUCUGCCUGGUUCCAUGAUGUGACUGUGGAAAACAAACUUAUCAGGCUCCAGCCAGAUGGAGUAAUUUUAUACAGCAUCAGGAUUACCUCAACAGUGGCCUGUGACAUGGACCUUUCCAAGUAUCCAAUGGAUGAGCAGGAAUGCAUGCUGGAUUUGGAGAGCUAUGGCUACUCUUCAGAGGACAUUGUCUACCACUGGUCAGAAAACCAGGAGGAGAUCCAUGGGCUGGAUAAGCUGCAGCUUGCUCAAUUUACAAUUACCAAUUACCAGUUCACAACAGAAAUUAUGAACUUCAAAUCUGCAGGUCAGUUUCCCAGGCUCAGUCUCCACUUCCACCUUCGGCGAAAUCGAGGCGUUUACAUCAUCCAGUCUUAUGUCCCUUCCAUCCUACUGGUGGCCAUGUCGUGGGUGUCCUUCUGGAUCAGCCAGUCAGCUGUGCCUGCCAGGGUGUCACUAGGUAUCACCACUGUUCUUACAAUGACCACACUGAUGGUCAGUGCCCGAUCCUCACUCCCACGAGCCUCUGCCAUCAAGGCACUGGAUGUUUACUUUUGGAUUUGCUACGUGUUUGUCUUUGCUGCACUGGUGGAAUACGCCUUUGCACAUUUCAAUGCCGACUACAUGAAAAAGCAGAAGAACAAGAUAAAGGCGAGAAGGCAGAGUGCAGAGAUCAAUGUGAAGAACGCCAUUGUUCUGUUUUCCCUCUCCAUAGCUGGUGUGAACCAGGAACUGGCCAUUUCCAACAGGCAACACCGAAUUCCCAGAAGCCUGCCUGGAUCAUAUGGCACAAUAGAAAUAGAAACUGGGGAGACAAAACAGCAGCAGGGAACAAAACUGGACAAAAAGACUGGCCUGAAGUCCCUCUUUAAGCCCAUUGAUGCUGACACCAUUGACAUUUAUGCCAGAGCUGUGUUCCCAGCAGCCUUUGCAGCAGUCAAUGUUAUAUACUGGGUUGCAUACACAAUGUAAAGACAGUAAAAAAAGGAAAAUUCUUCCCAAGACCUACAAACUGAACAAUACCCACAGGCUAAAAAGCCCUCACUGAAACUGAAUUGAGGCACCUCUUCUCGAAAUAUUUUCCAAUGAGCUCAAGACACUUCCAAAGUCAAGAAGUCCUGCUAGGAAUUCCUACUUAAAGCAGCAAUUUAUUGCUGACCUGAUUUGAUAUAGUAAGACUGCACUCUGCCAAACAAUUCCAGCUCUUUCUUUCCUGUAAUACCAUGAGACAACUUUUCAUAUGUACAUAUUUGUAGCAAAAGUUUAAAUCUUAAAUGACCAUGGUUUUCCUCCACUUCAAGGAUUGAUCUGUAAUGAAGAUUUGGCUUUUCAUACUGAGAUAAUUUUCUUUUUAUUUGUGAUGAAAGAGCUUAUUUCUCACUUUGGAACAACUGGUUUUCUGCAUCUGUGGGCUGGUCUAGGUUUAACAUUAGUGCUGAAGUUGGAGUUUUUAAUCUGAAAAAUCUCAUGAACAAAGUAAAAGGGAAUAGAGGGGAGUGGAGGUUUUUUUCUUAAACUAUUAUUUGUCUUGGAUAAAGUAUUGGAAAAUUUCAAUGCUCUUAGUCUCAGCAUGAAAUAAAAUAUACUACAUAAAAUUUUA